UUGGGAGUGUGCAGAAUCAUGACAUUUUUAUCGGAGUAAUUGUUGAAAAUCACUGCAAUAAAUGGGCUUUAGCCAUCACCCUGGCCGGAUAUUGGCUACACUAUCUAGCUACUUCCCUCACCUUACUGAGACAAGCAGGAGCUAAAGGACACUGUGCCCCAUGAUGUGUUGCCUGACUGUAGCGCAAACUCUCCCCGUUGAGCAGUGUAGACUAUCACAGUGACAUCCAGAUGGUUACUCCCAGUAUUACAAGUUAUUUCUCAUGUAGGCUGCUGUCCUGCUCUAAAUAAAAUCAAGUGGGAUGGAACAAAUUGGAGAUGGUGUCUAAAUCCAGAUGAAGACCAAUACUACAAGUUAUUUCGCCCAUCGAAGUAAACAUCACGUUCUUUAACAAGUCGUAAUUAGCGCCAUGCUGCUGUUGCCAGCUAGCCAUCAUAAACUAGCUGUGAAGGGGCUCAUCAGCACCACUGGAUCAGGACAACUGACUGAACUGAGUUUAUUUGUCUUCACACUCAACUCUCAGCUGUGCGACAUACUUCAUCAAUUUGGACAACAGGCGUGUCCAUAUAGCCUCUCCCUCUUUAAAGCUCCCUUUUUGCCAUGGCCUUCUGUAGGUUAUUUCGUGUGUUGACAUUACAGCAGGUGUGGUGGUGAGUGUAGAAGGCUACCAUCCCAGCAGCACCAUGAGUCUGGAUGAGGAUGCACGCUGGCUGGAGUGGGUCACCAAGCAGUUUGAGAGCAUCGCGGGAGAAGACAAAGAAAUUGACCUGGAGGAGUUCAAAACGGCCCUCAAGGUCAAGGAGUCUUUCUUUGCGGAGCGGUUCUUUGCGCUGUUUGACUCUGACGGUAGCAAAACCAUCAGUCUGGAUGAGCUGCUGGAGGCUCUGGACCUGCUGAUCCAUGGCAGCGAGACGGACAAGCUCCGCUUCCUCUUCCAGGUCUAUGACGUCGAUGGCAGUGGCUCGAUUGACCCAGACGAGCUGCGCACAGUGCUCAAGUCGUGCCUGCGCGAGAGCGCCAUCUCCCUGCCAGAGGAGAAGCUGGACGACCUGACCCUGGCUCUGUUCGAGUCGGCUGACAAGGACAACAGCGGCUCCAUCACCUUCGAGGAGCUCAAGGCCGAGCUGGAGAACUUCCCCGAGGUUAUGGAGAACCUCACCAUCAGUGCUGCCAACUGGCUGAAGCCUCCCGGCCUGGAGCAGAAGAAGGGGCGGCAUACCCCGCGCUACCUGACUCCAGCGUACUGGCACAACAACAGCCGGAAGCUCCUCUUUCUGUGCGCCUACACUUGCCUCAACCUGCUGCUGUUCAUCACCGCCAUGCUGAAGAACGCAGAGGGGGGAUUCUGGUACAUGGUGGCCAAGGGCUGCGGCCAGUGCCUCAACUUUAACUGUACCUUUGUCAUGGUGCUAAUGCUGCGGCGCUGUUUGACCUGGCUGCGGGCCACUUGGGUGGUGAGGGUGCUGCCUCUGGACCAGAACAUCCUGCUGCAUCAGAUGGUGGGCUACGCCAUUGUCACAUUCUCCACCGUGCACACCACUGCCCACUUCAUGAACUUUGUACACCUAUCUCAGAACAGCAGCUACAGCCUGUGGGAGCACCUUUUCACUACUCGACCAGGGAUUGGCUGGGUGCAGGGCUCUGCAUCCCUUACCGGCAUGGUGCUACAGAUCAUGAUCUGUCUAAUGGUGGUCUGUUCCAGCACCUUUGUCCGCCGCAGCGGACAUUUUGAGGUGUUCUACUGGUCCCACCUGUCCUAUGUGUGGGUGUGGGCUUUGCUGGUGGUGCACUGUGCCAACUUCUGGAAGUGGUUUGUGGUGCCUGGUGUGAUCUUCCUGCUGGAGAAACUAGUGGGCGUUGCUGUUUCUCACAUGGGAGGCCUCUACAUCGUGGAGGUCAACCUGCUGCCAUCUAAGGUGACCCAUCUGGUAAUCAAGCGGCCCCAGUUUUUCCACUUCAAACCAGGGGACUAUGUUUACAUCAACAUUCCAGACAUCGCAAAGUAUGAGUGGCAUCCUUUCACCAUCAGCAGUGCCCCAGAGCAGCCAGAUACUCUGUGGUUGCAUAUCCGCUCCAUGGGCCAGUGGACCAAUCGUCUGUAUGAGUACUUCAGGCAGCCAGACAGCCAGGUGGUCAGCACCAAGAGACUGAGCGCCAGCCUGAAGGACAGACGGCACCAGAGGAGGGCCCAGGAGGAGCUGUUUAAAUGUGCGAACUGCAAUGGGACGGUGGCCUCCAACGAGGACGAUGCCAUCGAGCUAACCCUGUAUCGACAAAACGGGUGUAGACCAGGGCCAGGACCAUGCCCAGGACCAGGGCCACAGGGGCCCAACCCAGACCAGCAGAACCAAGCAGAGAGAGGAGAAGGCCCCCCGCUCAGAGAGACCACAGCCAAGCUUAGUGAAAACCACAGGUUCUGCAACGUCAAAUGCUUCGUGGAUGGGCCCUAUGGGACUCCGACGAGACAGAUCUUUGCCUCUGAACACGCGGUGUUAAUCGGUGCCGGUAUCGGGAUCACGCCUUUCGCCUCCAUCUUACAGAGCAUCAUGUACCACUAUCGCAUGAGGAAACAGAACUGUCCCAACUGCAGCUACUCGUGGUGUGAGAACAUCAAGGACAGUGAGAUGAAACUGAGGAAGGUUGACUUUAUCUGGAUCAACAGAGACCAGAAAUCAUUUGAGUGGUUUGUGAGUCUCCUGACCAAACUGGAGAUGGAUCAGGCUGACGAAGAGCCAGAGGGCCGCUUCUUGGAGAUGCACAUGUACAUGACCUCUGCCCUCAGCAAGAAUGACAUGAAGGCCAUCGGCCUGCAGAUGGCACUAGACCUCCUGGCCAAGAAGGAAAAGAGGGAUUCCAUCACUGGCCUUCGCACCCGCACACAGCCAGGGAGGCCAGAGUGGGGGAAGGUGUUCCAGAAAGUGGCAGAGGAGAAGAAAGGGAAGGUUCAUGUGUUCUACUGUGGAGCCCCUGCACUGGCUAAACUCAUCAAGGCCCAGUGUGAGCACUUUGGAUUCAACUUCUACAAGGAGAACUUUUGAGGACUGUCCAACAUUUUCCUGACUGACAUCAGCACCCUCAACUAAAUCCACACACCUAUGUGCUGAUCUAUGUCAACAGUUUCUGUACCAUACAGGCUGGUUGUCCACAAGCACUAUCUCGUGCUGAAUCCGCACUAUGCCGUUACCAACCCAAGUAUGUGAAACCGACAAUCAGUAUGCUGCUAACAUCUUUGCUUCUUCCGCUGUCCCUGUCCCCUUACUGGGCUCAAACCAGUGGUCCUCUGAAUUCAAACACACCGCCCUCCUUGAAAACAUACCAACUAGUUGUGCUAUAAAAAAGGAUCCGAUUCGAUAGGACCAUUGGCGUGCCUGCCCUUAAUGCUUGCCUUGGUCAAGAAGUAUAUUGUGGGCCUUUAUACUGUAUAUUCUAUCACAUUUAGUAUUCAAAUGGAUCUACCUUGCUUUAAACCAAAACAUAUUCCAAAGCACAAAUACAAAAUGGCAGACAUUGUGACAGAGAAUGGAAUUAUGUUCACACCAUACACUUACAUAGUUAAUGUACCCCUUAACUACAUGUUGUUGACAAUGGAUCUGUUGUUUUUUGAUUUAACUAGACAAGUCAGUUAAGAACAAAUUCUUAUUUACAAUGACAGCCUACCCCAGACAACGCUGGGGCAAUUGCGUGCCGCCCAAACCAUGGCCAGUUGUGAUACAGCCUGGAAUUGAACCAGGGUCUGUAGUGAAUCCUCUAGCACUGAGAUGCAGUGCCUUAGACCACUACUACGCCACUCGGGAGCAGUGCUUGUAUUGGAUGUAAUUGUAGUAGAUAUAUUUGAAGUUUCUGCUUAAAUCUUCAUGGAAGGUUGUUAAGAUAGAAAAUACAGCAUAAUAUGCACCUUGGUGGAAGGGUGAAAUGGGUUAGCCUAAGAAAUGUAGUGAUUGUUCUGCAUCCUGGGUAAGACCAGAAGAUGUCCAUAUAUUAUAGGGAAUAUAGAACAUAUCAAACUAACGUUACAAUUUUAUAAAACGUGUAGCUAUUCUAUGUCAUGUAACCAAAGUGCCUUCAGAAAGUAUUCACCUUUGACCUUUUCCACGUUUUCUUUUAUUACAGCCUGAAUUUAAAAUAGACACCAUUUAGAUUUUGUUUUUGUCACUGCCCUACACAAAUGUAUCAAAAAUGAAAAGCAGAAAUAUCUUCAACCCCGUUGUCACGGCGAGCCUAAAUACAUUCAGGAGUAAAAAUGUGCUUAACAAGUCACAUAAUAAGUUGCAUGGACUCACUGUGUGC